CCUCUCCCCCGGAGCCGCCAAGAUGGGGGACAAGAAAGAUGACAAGGGCUCGCCCAAGAAGAGCAAGGGCACCAAAGAGCGCAGGGACCUGGAUGACCUCAAGAAGGAGGUGGCUAUGACAGAGCACAAGAUGUCAGUGGAAGAGGUCUGCCGGAAAUACAACACGGACUGUGUGCAGGGUCUGACCCACAGCAAAGCCCAGGAGAUCCUGGCCCGGGAUGGGCCCAACGCGCUCACACCACCGCCUACCACCCCCGAGUGGGUCAAGUUCUGCCGCCAGCUCUUUGGGGGUUUCUCAAUCCUGCUGUGGAUCGGAGCCAUCCUCUGCUUUCUGGCCUACGGCAUCCAGGCGGGCACAGAGGACGACCCCUCGGGCGACAACCUGUACCUGGGCAUCGUGCUGGCUGCUGUGGUCAUCAUCACGGGCUGCUUCUCCUACUACCAGGAGGCCAAGAGCUCCAAGAUCAUGGAGUCCUUCAAGAACAUGGUGCCCCAGCAAGCCCUGGUGAUCCGCGAGGGUGAGAAGAUGCAGGUGAACGCCGAGGAGGUGGUGGUCGGGGACCUGGUGGAGAUCAAGGGUGGAGACCGAGUCCCAGCCGACCUACGGAUCAUCUCAGCCCAUGGUUGCAAGGUGGACAACUCCUCCCUGACCGGCGAAUCAGAACCACAGACCCGCUCUCCUGACUGCACCCAUGACAACCCCUUGGAGACCCGGAACAUCACCUUCUUCUCUACCAACUGCGUGGAAGGCACGGCUCGUGGCGUGGUGGUGGCCACAGGUGACCGCACUGUCAUGGGCCGCAUUGCCACACUGGCUUCAGGCCUGGAGGUGGGCAAGACGCCCAUUGCCAUCGAGAUCGAGCAUUUCAUCCAGCUGAUCACCGGCGUGGCUGUCUUCCUGGGCGUGUCCUUCUUCAUCCUGUCCCUCAUUCUCGGGUACACCUGGCUGGAGGCUGUCAUCUUCCUCAUUGGCAUCAUCGUGGCCAAUGUCCCCGAGGGCCUGCUGGCCACCGUCACUGUGUGUCUGACGCUGACAGCCAAACGCAUGGCCCGGAAGAACUGCCUGGUGAAAAACCUGGAGGCUGUUGAGACCCUGGGCUCCACCUCCACCAUCUGCUCGGACAAGACAGGGACCCUCACCCAGAACCGCAUGACGGUCGCCCACAUGUGGUUUGACAACCAGAUCCAUGAGGCCGACACCACAGAGGACCAGUCAGGCACCUCAUUCGACAAGAGCUCACACACCUGGGUGGCCCUGUCCCACAUCGCUGGACUCUGCAAUCGAGCCGUCUUCAAGGGAGGUCAGGACAACAUCCCUGUGCUCAAGAGGGAUGUGGCUGGCGAUGCUUCCGAGUCUGCCCUGCUCAAGUGCAUCGAGCUGUCCUCUGGCUCUGUGAAGCUGAUGCGUGAACGUAACAAGAAAGUGGCCGAGAUUCCCUUCAAUUCCACCAACAAAUACCAGCUCUCCAUCCAUGAGACUGAGGACCCCAAUGACAACCGCUACCUGCUGGUGAUGAAGGGAGCUCCCGAGCGGAUCCUGGACCGGUGCUCCACCAUCCUGCUGCAGGGCAAGGAGCAGCCGCUGGACGAGGAGAUGAAGGAGGCCUUCCAGAACGCCUACCUCGAGCUCGGCGGCCUGGGCGAGCGUGUGCUGGGUUUCUGCCAUUACUACCUGCCCGAGGAGCAGUUCCCCAAGGGCUUCGCCUUCGACUGCGACGACGUGAACUUUACCACAGACAACCUCUGCUUCGUUGGCCUCAUGUCCAUGAUCGACCCGCCCCGGGCGGCCGUCCCUGAUGCGGUGGGCAAGUGUCGCAGCGCUGGCAUCAAGGUCAUCAUGGUCACGGGUGAUCACCCCAUCACGGCCAAGGCCAUCGCCAAGGGCGUGGGCAUCAUCUCCGAGGGCAAUGAGACAGUGGAGGACAUCGCUGCCCGGCUCAACAUUCCAGUCAGCCAGGUCAACCCCCGGGACGCCAAGGCCUGUGUGAUCCACGGCACCGACCUCAAGGACUUCACCUCCGAGCAGAUCGAUGAGAUCCUGCAGAACCACACCGAGAUCGUCUUCGCCCGCACGUCCCCCCAGCAGAAGCUCAUUAUCGUGGAAGGCUGUCAGAGACAGGGAGCCAUUGUGGCUGUGACUGGGGAUGGUGUGAAUGACUCCCCCGCCCUGAAGAAGGCCGACAUUGGCGUGGCCAUGGGCAUCGCCGGCUCGGAUGUGUCUAAGCAGGCAGCGGACAUGAUUCUGCUGGACGACAACUUUGCCUCCAUCGUCACGGGCGUGGAGGAGGGCCGCCUGAUCUUUGACAACCUAAAGAAGUCCAUCGCCUACACACUGACCAGCAACAUCCCUGAGAUCACGCCCUUCUUGCUGUUCAUCAUGGCCAACAUCCCCCUGCCUCUGGGCACCAUCACCAUCCUCUGCAUCGACCUGGGCACUGACAUGGUCCCUGCCAUCUCAUUGGCAUACGAAGCUGCAGAGAGUGACAUCAUGAAGAGACAGCCCAGGAACCCCCGCACUGACAAACUGGUCAAUGAAAGGCUCAUCAGUAUGGCCUAUGGGCAGAUUGGAAUGAUCCAGGCUCUUGGUGGCUUCUUUUCCUACUUUGUGAUUCUGGCAGAAAAUGGCUUCUUGCCCAGCAACCUGGUGGGCAUCCGGCUGAACUGGGACGACCGCACCGUCAAUGACCUGGAGGACAGCUAUGGACAGCAGUGGACAUAUGAGCAGAGGAAGGUGGUGGAGUUCACAUGCCACACGGCCUUCUUCGUGAGCAUCGUGGUCGUUCAGUGGGCCGACUUGAUCAUCUGCAAGACCCGAAGAAACUCCGUCUUCCAGCAGGGCAUGAAGAACAAGAUCCUGAUCUUUGGGCUGUUCGAGGAGACGGCGCUUGCUGCCUUCUUGUCCUACUGCCCUGGCAUGGACGUGGCCCUCCGCAUGUACCCACUCAAGCCCAGCUGGUGGUUCUGUGCCUUCCCCUACAGUUUCCUCAUCUUCGUCUACGACGAGAUCCGCAAACUUAUCCUGCGCAGGAACCCCGGGGGUUGGGUGGAGAAGGAAACCUACUACUGACCUCACCCCCCACACAUCCCCCAUCUCUUCCCUGCCCCCCAAGCCCAGGACAGCCCCCACCAGUCCCCCCAUUUUGUAUUCUGGGGGAGGGGCCCUCUCUCCCCAUGGCCCCA